AUGUCCAGGGUUCGUGCUGCGCUCUUCGGUGUGCUGGCCUCGCCGUUCCAGCGCCCCCUCAACGACGAGCAGCUCGCGAAGGAGCGCCGUCUGCUGGACCCCGCGCUGGGGCUGGCGCUCAUGGCCGCGGUGCUGCUGUACGGCGUGUUAGAGGGCCUCAACAUGUGGGACGAUCAGGCGUUCAGCUCUGUGUGCUACUCAACCGCCACCUCGCUGCCUGGAGGCGACGAGGCGCUGAAGGUCAAGCACCUCUGUUACUCCAAGGAGGUGGACGCCGCCUGGCAGGCCUACGCGCUGAAGACAUUCACCUGCCGGGGCGAGUUCGGGGGCAGCUGGUGGGGAGUGGCGCAUUGUCAGGUGCAGCCAGGCGCCGCGGGCGAGGCGGUAGACCCUGCCCCGGGAGGCGACGGGCGCCUGCUGGCGACGCCAGGCACGUUCGUCCAGCCGCACGUGCUGCCAGACUUCUGCCAGCUCGUCAUCCACCAGGGCGAGGACGAGAUCGCCGAGUUCGUGCGCGCGGACAUGCACGACGGCUGCGUCGGCGGGGGCUGCCGGGAUAACGUGGACACGUCGGUGGCCUACUCCACCGUGACAUCCGCCGGCGGAGGCUACUCUGGCUCGGAGAGGUUCUACAAGAUUGCGUCAGCGCAGGGCGAUGGCUUCACCUGCUGUGGCAUGCGCUACCAGUCCACCUCCGAGCGUCUCCUGUCCUUCUUGGGCGCCCUCGGGGGCUUCUUCGGGCUGGCGCAGGCCGUGCUGAUGUUCGUCCCGCCUUACAGUGCUGGGAGAGGAAGCAAGGGCUCGCCAUCGCAGCCACCCGAUUCGAACGAGGUCAAGGAGCAGGCCUGA